AGUAGUUCUAGUCGACUUGUUUUAGUCGCUAAUCAACAGUACGUUGUGCACGAGCGUGAACGCGGUUAUCUUUCCAGGUGUUGUUCUAACCUCAAAGUUUUACGCGCCUGAUUGUUUUGCUAAUUAUCUUUUUGCGCUUUUCCGGACUCGUGUGCAUUAAUUAUGUCCAAAACACGAAUUGAUAAACUUUCCACCGCGUCUUUUGCCAUUUGGUUUUUCGCAUAAUUCAGCUGUGUUGCCCUUAUGACUGUUUCUUCGUCGAACAAAAUGGGAGGAAUAAUUGUAAUUUGCACCUGCGUUCUUCUGCUGUCACACCAGCAAUAUGUACACGGUGCUCCACCUAUCGAAUCGUGCCCACACGACAGCAUCCAAAUAGAAGACACCUGUAAAUGCGACCCGACCUUUUGUAAGAAACCAAUAUGUCAAUAUGAACUGAACAUUGCCAUAAACGGCUCCGACACUCCCGGAAGCUGCUGCACGAUCUACAGUUGCGACGGGUGCGGAAAUGACACCCUUCUGCAGGACAAAUGCCCUUGCGCGCCCGGCGCCAUCUUCAAUUCGAGGGGCGAGUGCAAAUGCGUUGAUCCCCACAAAAAGCUUGUGAACAACGAAUGCGUCUGCGAACCGGAACUUUGCGAAUUGCCGCAAAUCUGCGGCGCAAAUUACGUAUCCGUCACGGAACACGAUGAAUGUUGCUCAAGAAACAAAUGCAUCAAGUGCCCGGAGGACAGCUUUGCAACGAACCUCAACGACGACGCUGUCGAGGACAAAUGCGUCUGUUAUCCUUGCAAGAACAAGGAGUGCGGAGCGAACGAGACGGUUGUGAUAAUGGAACACGGAAACGAUUUUCCAGGGAGUUGCUGUGAUAUAUAUAAAUGUGAGUCCAGUUGUGAUGUCAUGUUCGGGGAUGGAGGCGUGUGGGAAACCCCUGACGGGCAGAAGUGUAACUGUCAAAGAGGUAUUGCGUUCUGCGACAAGCAAAACGAAGACGAAAGUUUUAAUUUGUGCCAUAAGGAAGGUAGAGUAUACAAGCACAACGAAUCAUGGAUGUUGGACAAUUGCACGAACUGCACGUGCUUUAACGGCGAAACCAAGUGCAUAGCGCACAUGUGUGAGGUUUUAGAAGGGCAUCUAAAGAAACCGGAAUGUCAGCCGUUGAACUGUAGCAAAGUUUGUCCGGAUGGAUAUAAACUGAACAAACGAGGAUGUCAAAUAUGCAAGUGCAAUUAUCCGUAUAAGUACGAUGAUAUUUUGCAAAAAUAUAAUAUUACGAAGAAUCAACUGAAGGAUAUCGUCGACGAAUAUUUUAUUCGCAACAAAACCGAACCGUUAACCGAAACGAAUUUUAUUACCACGACUAUUGCUACGGAUAACGUCUCUGAAGAGUAUCAUAAUGUAACGCCACUUGAUAAUUCAGGCGCCAGACAAACUCUAUAUUACGUGACCUGGGCAGUGAUUGGAUUUAUAAUAGGCCUUGCAUUAACGAUAAUAAUUACCUGUGCAAUGCGAUGGUGCAGCAAGAGAAAAAAAGGGAGCUACGAUACAAACCCGGCAAGGUCAACGAUCUACGAACGAAUGAAUUUAACAACGGGGGCUUUAUUUAAUAAUAAUUACAUUGGUAAUGAUCAUAAGAACGAGCACAAUUUGAAAGGUACCGUCUAGAAAUCGUUAUUAAAUUAUUAUUGUUUCCUUAUACAUUUUAUUGUGAUAUUCUUUACAAAAAUCAACAGCUUGUAGAUUUAAGUGUUUUUUAAUAUGUUAGUCUAAAAAGUAUUAUAAAUAUAUAUCUUUUUUGUAAAUAAAUAGAUGUGAUCAGAUAAAACAAAAAGUCGGAAGCUUUAAAACCACUCUUAAGUACGACAUUUUUAAAUGUAGUAACUACCGACAUAAAAAGUAAAGAUUUUUCUAUCCCGUACUAAUAUUUUUUGUUGUAUCAAACUUUAAAUACAAUAUCAAGUAUUGAUUUCCACAUUAGCUCUCUCAAAAAAUUGAAGACUUGUAUUAGAAAUAAGUCAUUACAGUAAAAAUCUAAUUAUUACAACAUUAUACAAGAUACUUGUAACGAAAAUUUAAAAAAAAAAAUUUUUUGUUACUUCUCAUCAAGUCUGGUCAUAUCUUUACAUGUGUAGUUUAUAAAAUCCAAAUGUUGUUUAAUUAGACUUACUCGUUGUUUUGUUUUGCAUUUAAAAUGUAAUUUUCUUGUCUUACAUUUAGUUACUACAGUACUUGUGUAGAUCACAUUAAUUUAUUUAAAUUGAGGUCUGAGUAAUCGCUAACCGAAAAUCAUAUUUUUUUCGGCAAGUGAGUACUCGGUAACUUUAUAUUGUUACGAAUGAAAUACUGAUUUUAAUUAUUACAAAUAAUACACUAAUGUACGAAAUUUAUUUUAAAACCUUAAAAGUUAUAUAAUAGAAAAUAAAUACGCGUAAUUAAAGUUCCAUAAUGCUUGAGGUACAACAAUGUUGACUUAAAGCAAUGAUUGAUAUGUGACAAAUUUUUGUGUGUUAAUUUCGGUAGCCAGGGUUAUACUUGACCAUUGACAGUGACGAGGAAGCAUUAGAAAAGAACUGAUUUCGGUAACUUAGCAUGUAGAUUUAUCUUGCCGCCAUCCAUUGGAACGAGUGAUAUAUUGAAGAAGUGUGGACUCACCUUCCAGUGAAUGGCACUUCGUAGUUUUGUACAUUUUAUUGUAUUAAGCCCACACUACUUUGUACCAUUUAUAACUUUAAUAUUCUACUGUUGUCUAAUAUUAUUAAAUUAGUGUUGCAAAUUUAGUUCCAGUACGAGGUGUAUAUAUU